AUGAUCGUCUAUGUAUAGUAUAAUAUUGAAUUUGUAGCUUACAGGUUUUAAUAAAUCUAAGCAGGAGUUGGGGAUUCAAUUAUUUUGGCAGUUAAUACUUAAGGACAAUUGAUGUUAAAAUAAUUAUUUGAAAAGGCUCUAAAAGAAAUUAAUGAUAUAUUAAUAGAUUUGGAUUAUAUUCCAGUACUAAUUAUUGAUGAAAAUAAAUCAACACAAGAAGCACCCCAUCUAAGAACAGAAUUUAUUUGGAAAAAAUUACAACCUUAAUUAGAUGGUUACUAUGAGUAAAUAGCUGAAUAAAAACAAAUUGCAACUUAAAUAAGUUUACUAAUUAAAUAGAUUGAAAUAUAUAAAUAAGAUAUCAGUUAAUAAGAACAAUUAUCAAAAAAUUUUUUGAAGAAAAUCAGUAACAAAUAAUUGGAAAAAAAAAUGUGA